AUGUCUUUCGGAGGUGGGUUCCCCGGCCUAGGCGGCCAAGGUGGCCAAGGUGGCCAAGGCGGCCAAGGCGGCCAGACCAACAACACACUCCCGUCAAUCCCGAACAUCAUCUCGGGCCUGAUGGGGAACAGCACCGUUACGCCAUUCGUGGACUUUGUCGAAUGUAUCGUCGAGCAUGUCAGAGAAGCGCGCGAGGAAGGGGCAAAUAUUCCAGAUCGAGCGGUCAUGCUGAUCAUCAUUCUGACACGCCUUGCAACCCAGAUCCCAGGCGUCAGCCAAAUGCUUCAACAGUUCAUGGGCAAUGGUUGA